CCGAACCCAUUCUCUCCUCUCUUCUCUUCUCCCUCUACCUUCAGCUUCCGUUUGCGUUGUAUUCCUCUGUUUCUGCUUGUUUCUGUCUCUAUUGUUAAUCCACUAUUCACUUCUUUCUGGGUUUCUUGAUUUUCUUUUUUUUUUUUUUGAAGAAAUUUCGUUUUUUCAUGAGUUCAUGCUUUUCACAAAUUCAAUAAAAAAGUCUACGGGUUUUUUUUUCCCCUGAUUGAAUAGGAAAACAGAAACCUUUCUGUUUUGGGCUUGUGGGUUGCGGCUUUGGGUUUUAAUUGUGACGCCUUAUGGUGCAUAUUCAUUAACGAAGAUAAUAUAACUCAAGUUUUUUUAGGCAUGGUUUUUUCUAAGUCAGAUCAAAAAUUUGCUUUUCUUUUCCAUGCUCCGUUUCAUUGCCCAAAAAAUACUGUCUAGUCCACUGAAACUCUCGUCUCUGUAUUCUCUUCCCUGUUUUUGUUUUCGAGAAAACCAAAAACAAACAUGGGAGAAGAAAAUGAAAACAAAAGCAGAAAUAGAAGCAGCAGCAGUAGCAGUAGCAAAGCAAUGGAGAGCCUGUCUUUGGAAAUAAACAGAUACCCAAGAGAUCUGUUGCAGAGAUUUAUGUUGAGUGACUCGCAGCAGCAAUACAAAACGUCACCAACUCAAGGAGAAGAUACGGAGGAGAUUGAGCUGAAUCUGGGGCUGUCACUUGGAGGCAGAUUUGGUGUUGACAAGACCUCCAAGAAACUAACACGGUCAUCUUCGAUAGCCGGCUCAAUACCACUAGUGAGAGAGGACGAUGCAUUUAAUACGUCUCUUAUGUCGUAUCCUGUCCUUAUGAGGACAUCUUCUUUGCCUACAGAGACAGAGGAGGAGUGGAGGAAGAGAAAGGAAAUGCAGAGUUUGAGGAGAAUGGAAGCCAAGAGAAGACGAAGCGAAAAGCAAAAGAACUUGAAUGCCAAUUUGAGAGGAGACUUGAAUUUGGAGGAGGAGAGAAGGGGAUUGAAUGCGAAUAGAGGAAAUUGGACAGCCGCAUGGACGAGGCUGGGUAAUAUCGGGGCAAUGAAACUGAAUAGGGGUAAUACUUUGCAGGGAUUGGUGGGGCAGCAUCAGGGUUCACAAGGGUCUAUGGAGUCUCAAGGAGGAAGCUCUUCUGGGAUGUCGGAAAUGGAGAGCAAGCCUGUUCAAGGAUCAAGCAGUGGUGGUGAAGCAAGAAGUCCCAUGAGUAAUCAAUCCUUGCAAGAUAGAAGCAAUCAAGAAGCUGUUGGUUCUUCAGGGACGACAAAGACAAUGGAAAACACAUGCAGAACUUCCAGACAAGAAAUGGAGAAUCCGUCCAAGAAACUUGAUUCUGCAGAAAAUAGAGGGAGGGAAAUUGGGACAAAUGCAAUAGAAGACAUGCCCUGUGUCUUCACUAUAGGAGAUGGUCCUAAUGGGAAGAGAGUAGAAGGCAUUCUGUACAAGUAUGGAAAGGGUGAAGAAGUGAGGAUAAUGUGCGUAUGCCAUGGCAGCUUUCUCUCCCCAGCAGAGUUUGUGAAGCAUGCAGGUGGGGGUGAUGUUGAUCAUCCCCUUAGGCACAUAGUCGUAAAUACUUCUGGUAGUUCUCUUUUUUAACUCGGUUAUCAUGUCAACCCCUCAAACGUACACAAGCGGGGAUGUGAAAUAGGAGAAAGAAAGUGAGAAUUUUUGGAAGAUAGAUUUUAUUUAUUUGUUUUUUCUUUGUUUUUUCCAUGUUUCAGAGAGACUUUCAGCUGGAACUCUGAGAGUGUCUCUCUUAAAAUUUCCUUUUAGUUUCAAUCUGUUGUUUCAACUGUGAAUUCAUGCGUAUGAUGAAGUGAAAGUCAGGGCAUUAUUUAUUUCCUUUUGAAAAUAUAUUAUAUACAUUUUUUUUAA